UCUCUUCACAAAAAAUGGCUACCAGACCUUGCUUACUCUCCAAGACUAUCAUCCACCUCUUGCUGCUAGCCAUCACUCUUGGACAUGUCAGCUCGGCCCGGAUCCUAGAUGAGGUAGAUCCACAACCACCAGUCAUCCCUGAUCCACCUGAAGCAGAUGACUCUCCGGCAAUUGUGCCCGGUGUGGCACCGGUACUGGCUCCCACAAACACCUUACCAAGUGGCCAAAUCCCGGCUACUGCCAGCAGCCCCACAGAGGCUGAUGAUGAACCACCACUACCUGAAGCAGACGCACCUGAUGCUGUGCCGGUUGAUGUGGCGCCUGUGGCGGGUCCAGUUGCUGCAUUGCCAAGUGGACCGGCCCCGGUUGCUGCCACUAGCGCCACUACGGGAAAUGCUGUCCCACCAAACCCUCCAUUUUCCUUCUUUAUGCAUGAUAUCCUUGGUGGAUCACACCCUUCAGCUAGGGUGGUCAGUGGGAUCACAGCCAACACCCAAAUCAAUGGCCUCCCUUUCUCCAAGGCCAAUGGUGGCGUCUUCCCAAUCAAUGGCGGAGUUCCACUGCUUAAUGGCAACAAUGGCGUCAUUAACAACAACAACAUACCAUUCCUCACAGGCCUCAACGGUGGACAAACCAGCACAAUAAUUCAAAACAAUGGCAACAACAACCCAGUCAACGGUGGCAGCAACCAACCCUUUGUCACUGCCGGGCAGCUCCCGGCGGGAGCCACCCUUCAGAAGGUUAUGUUCGGAACGAUUACAGUGAUAGACGAUGAGCUAACUGAAGGCCAUGAGCUUGGGUCUGCUGUGGUUGGGAGAGCACAGGGGUUCUACUUAGCUAGCUCUCUAGAUGGUGGCAGCCACACGAUGGCCUUGACCGUGUUGCUCCAUGGCGGCGAUCAUCAUCAAGAAGAGGAUACCAUUAGCUUUUUCGGGGUCCAUCGCACUGCCUCACCUGUGUCUCAUAUUGCAGUCGUUGGUGGAACUGGUGAGUAUGAGAAUGCAAAAGGGUAUGCCACCAUUGAGAGCCUUCAUCAGGAAGAUCAACAUACGACCGAUGGAGUGGAAACAGUCAUCCAGUUCAAUGUUUACCUUUCUCACUAGUGCGCUAUCUUCUCAACCAAACUUGAUAUAUACACUAUCUGACUAGUGUGUGUAAGAGUUCCAGUAUUAUUUUACUUGAUGUACCUUCAGCAAUCAAUGUUUAAAUGCGCCUGCUAAAGAAAUCUAUGAUUCAAUGAGAGUAUUAU